AUGCAUGCGAGGCAGGCGUUGGGCUUUGCUUAUAAGCAACGGUUUCGCCACUUGAUAUACGGACUGUUCUUUACAUCUGUUUCGUGCUGGGGCUACCAUUACGUUUGUUUGCUUUUUUGCGGUUUCCGGUUUGCGAUCUCGCACUAUAUAGAUCAAACGCAGUUUAAGGAAUCAGCAAGCCUCGUAAGGAUUGUGCAUCAGGUGCAGGUAUACAUACAGAGAACAAGAGGACAGAAAGUGAGAAUGGCUGUGUCAGAGCGUUUGAGAACAGCAGGCGAGAGUACGUCUGUAGCUAGAGCGUCGUACCCGACUGGAGAUGUGGAAGCGGACACGAAGAGUGGCAGCAGCUGCAGCAUUAGGAGUCCGGUAGACGGAAGUUUAACUGGCCAGGAGGCAGAGUUGGAGCCGAGCCCAGGGGAGGGGGAGGAGGAGGAGAAGGAGGAGGAGCUGGUUGCAGACCAUGCGGACGGUGAGGCAGCUGCUACGAGGAAGAGGAAGUUGCAGCCGUUGAAGAACCCCAAGAAAUCACUGAAAAGAAGCAAAGUCCCGGCGCCGCUGAACUUGUCAGAGAGCAAUAACAGUACACACGCCACCAAUUCUAGAGAGGGCAGCUUGGCUUCGUCCAACUCGGCGUAUUUCCCGCCCAUCAGCAACCAGAGUAUCAAGAGUGCUCCCGCGAAGGUCACACAGCAUUCUAAGUUCCAGCCUCGCGUGCAGUACAUGGGGAAGGCCAGUUCCAGGCAGUCCAUACAGGUGAAUAAUAACACUGGCGCCAACUACGGGAAGGCACCCAUGCCCUCGGCGGGUAUGAUGACCGCAAUGAACCCUUACAUGCCCAUGAACCGCUACAUAAUGUCUCCGUAUUAUAACCCGUACGGCCUCCCUCCGCCCCACAUGGCGAACAAGCCCAUGAUGACGCCCUACGGUUCGUACCCAUACCCGAUGGCUCCUCGGACCUCCGUUCCCUUUGCCAUGCAGUCCAACAGCGCUAGGCCCUACGAGGAGAACGAAUACGGUGCCACCGGCUACAGAAAUAAAAGAGUGAACGACUUUUCGGACUCACCAUUGAGUGGCACAGCUUCCGCCGGGAAACCCAGGAGGUCUGAGGAAGGCUCAGGCAACUCCAGUGUGGGCUCGAGUGCAAAUGCCAGCCCCACACGCCAACGCACAGAUUUGGGCCCUGCAGACGUGAUUCAUGCAGAGGAAUAUCACUUCGAAAGGGAUCCUCUACUCUCGGCCAACUCUAAAGCUACGAGCGCGAGCACGAGCAUGAGCAGGGGCAGAGGUUCGUCUUCACCACGCACACGCGAAGCUGAACCCGAUGAAGACGACGAAGAGGGCACUGACUUGGCCAUUGAGGACGGAGCCGUCCCCACGCCCACCUUCACGACGUUCCAGCGCAGUCUGCAGCAGCAGCAAUCACCCACCCUUCUCCAGGGCGAAAUCCGACUCUCGUCCCAUAUCUUUGCCUUUGAGUUUCCCGUGAGCUCGAGCAAUGUCGAUAAGAGAAUGUUUAUGAGCAUAUGUAACAAGGUAUGGAACGAAUCAAAAGAACUGGCUAAAAAGCCAUCGCAUCACAGAAAAAGCAAAUGA